UCCUCCUUGGCUGGAGGAAUACCAACAGAAAACUCUGCUUGGGCUAGGAAGGAUUAUCCCCCGCUCCGCCCCGCCCCGGCUCCUCUUCUGUUGCUACUAGUUUCGGGUGCUGCUCCUUAGAGCCCUUGUGCCCUCGUGUUCUUUCCGCCCCGCAAUUCUCCCUUCUCUUUCUUUCCUGGGGAAGGGAACCCGAUUCUCUUCUUUGCUGCCCCAACCUCUGCUCGCUUUCUGGUCCCCAAAGGCGCGUCUAGCUGGAAUGAAUAUAUCUGAGCCUAGUUUCUGUAGAGAGGAGUUAUCCCAACCCAGAGGCGACUUUUCAUGGGGAGCGGCAGCGGCAGCGCCCCCACCAGCACCGCCACCCGCAGCAGCAGCAGCAGCAGCCGCCUCUGAUCCGGGGCGCGCCUACCCGCAGCAGACCCCGGCGCCACAGCCAGCAUCCAGCCGGACCCCCAGCCCGGACGCGGGCUUUGGAUUUCGCCCAGGCGCACCGGCGGCGGCGGCGGCGGCAGCGGCGGGGGGAGACCCCGGCGGAGCGCUCUUGGGACCCGUGUCCAGCCGUUCUCCCAGCCCGGACGCCGGCUAUGGCCACAGCUCCGGCCGAUCUGACGGCAAAGGCGGCGGCGGCGGCAGCGGGGAAGACUCCCGCAUCCGACGCCCCAUGAACGCCUUCAUGGUGUGGGCCAAGGACGAGAGGAAGCGGCUGGCCCAGCAGAAUCCGGAUCUGCACAACGCGGUGCUGAGCAAGAUGCUGGGUCAGUCAUGGAAGGCCCUCAGUGCCACCGACAAGCGUCCCUUCGUGGAAGAGGCGGAAAGGCUGAGGAUCCAGCACCUGCAGGACCACCCCAACUACAAGUACCGCCCCAGGAGGAAGAAGCAAGCCAAGAAGAUCAAGAGGAUGGAGCCCAGCAUCCUCCUCCACAACCUCUCCCAGCCCUGCAACGAUAGCUUUGGGAUGAGCCACCGCUCCGCCGGCGCCCUCGGCCACCCGGGCCACUCCCAGCCUCCCCCGCUCAACCACUUUAGAGAACUCCGUUCGGUGGGCUCUGAGCUGGAGAACUAUGGCCUGCCGACCCCUGAGAUGUCUCCUUUGGAUGUCUUGGAACAGACCGAGCCGGCCUUUUUCCCUCCCCACAUGCAGGACGACUGCAACGUGAUGGCCUUCCGGGCCUAUCAUCACCACCACCACCACCACCCCGCUCCGCCUCCCCAGAUGGAGUUCCCCCCUGAAAAAAACCUGGGGCGGAACAUGCCGAUGGGCUACCCACCCAACCCACCACACCUGGCGGAUGCCAUGAGGACUCCCCACCCACCUGGUAUGUACUACAACCAGAUUUGUGCUGGAGCCUCCAAUGGGAUUUCGGCCCACCUGGGCCAGCUCUCCCCGCCUCCCGAGUCGCACCACCUGGACGGCGUCGAGCACUUGAAUCCCAGUGAGCUUUGGACAGAAGUGGACCGCAACGAGUUCGACCAGUAUUUGAAUAUGAGCAGGACUCGUCCCGAUCCCUCGGGACUCCUCUACCAUGUUUCCAUGUCCAAAGUGACUCCUCAGAGCCUCUCCUGCGAGGAGAGCAGCUUGAUAUCAGCCUUGUCUGAUGCCAGCAGUGCUGUGUACUAUAGCACCUGUAUCACUGGGUAGGGCUGUUCCUUGAUGCGAUGUGUUCACCCGGGGGAGAGGCUCAGGGUACGUCUACAUUCCAGGCUUCACCUGGUUUGACGGUCAUUUCCUCUGGCCAAGGAACCCUGGGGAAUGCAGCAGGGACCUUCACAGCACUGUCCCCAAAUGACAGUUCCCAGGAUUCCUUGGGGGAAGAUGUGAUGGUUAAGCGGGGAGAAGUUUUGAAAUGAGCUGAGAGUGUACAUGUACCCUUCAGUGCUGGUGGCAAAGAAGGCAUGGUGUGCAGAUACUAGUCUGUUUUAGACAAGGGCAACUUGGCUCCUUAGCCCUCUCUGGGAUGUGGUGCUCUUUAGCAAAGGGGCUCUCAGGUCAGCACAGACCAGGGUGCUUUCCAGACGAGCUGCUCAACAGCAGCAACAUGCCUCCAUUUAGGCAAGUCGCAUUCGAAACGUAAACAUUGGGGGGAGCAGUCUCGCGGAAACUGACAACCCCCGCCAAAAAACAGCAACGUCCUUACGCCAGAUAUAUGAUGCCCUUGCUCUAUAUCGCAGCAAUUAAAUUCGAAACAAGGCAUUGGCACUGUGAACGGCACCCUGCUCUCCAUGUAGGGACUGCGGUGUCACGACUCAGGAAGUGUGGAAGCACACUUCUGAGAUCCGAUGUGACCCCGUUGCAGGGUCUAGUCUGGAAAGCGCCCAGCUGCUGUGCAUGUUUGCUGAAGAGCCUAUGCCAGUAUUGUGAAGAGCAAAGCGUCUACAGCAGGGAUUCUCAAAGUUGGGUCCCCAGGUGUUAUUGGACUUCAACUCCCAUAAUUCCCAGCUACAGUGGCCUUUGGCUGGGGAUUAUGGGAGCUGAAGUCCAAUAACAUCUGGGGACCCAAUGUUGAGAACCCCUGGUCUACUGGGAUGUUAAAAUGCUUCCUACGGAGUGUAUGUUCACACUUCCGCAGCUGUGUCAAAAGUGGCACUGGGGGAGGGGGAGAAUCUCACCCCUGAAGCGCAUGGGCUUUGCUGGCAGGCAGCCAGACCAAAUUACUCAUGAGUAUUCCCAUUGAAAUUAAUGAGGCAAGUUUGUCGUGACUUAACCUAUCAAUUUCAGUGGGAUCACUCGUGAGUAAUUUAGUCUGGCUGCCAGCCACUGUGUGUCGGGGCCUCUUCACACAUAAGAUCUUUAAAGUGUAACCUGUGGAUGUUGUGAAUACAUUUGCAAAUGCAUGCAUCAGCCUUGCUGGGAGCUGGGAUUGGUUGCCGCUCCUUGACAAGAGCAAGAGCAAACUCUAGUUUCCUGCUGCGUCAUGUGUGAAACGGCCCUUUGGUUCUCUGCUUUGCACAUUUUCAGCCGAAGCAGAGAGAAGUCCCAGCAUCCCGCUCAUUUCCGCUGCUCUCCCUGUCUCUGCAUAAGGUGUGAAUUAGCCCCAAACUGAGGUCAGAUUCUUCUUGGGGGCCAACACUUGUGCAGACACAAAUAUUUGGUCUUUUCAGCACACUUUCCAUGCCCACAAGUGCCUUCUUCUCUCUGCACUGGGCUUCCAAGCCCUCUCCCCUUGCCUGAGAACAUUGCAGUAUUUAGAUUGUCUCAUUAAAUGCAUUGCUUUUUAAAAAAAAUUAGAUAACGCUGAACCACUGAUAUACUGUAUUGCUAUGUAGCACAAAAAGAUGGACUAUUCCAAAGCAGAAGGAGGGUGCAUUUCUGCGAUGCCCAGCUGCAAGACAGAACAGAGUUCCUCAACCUCAGGUAGUUCUGUGGAGGGAAUUUUGGCAGGUGCAGCUGUGCUCACCCCCACAGUACCAUAGCAUGGCAAUCAACACCUGCUGAAAUCCCCUCCUCUGUUGCCUUUGAUCCUCCUCCAUGGUCAGGAUAUCAGCUUCUACAGCCCAGGAGUUCUCAAACUUGGGUCUCCAGAUGUUGUUGGACUACAACUCCCAUCAUCCUCAGCCACAAUGGAUUCAGGGGCUGAUGGGAGUUGUAGUCCAUCAACAUCCGGGGACCCACUUGACAACCCCUGGCUUAGCCCUGUUUAGUUGUGGACACGGACAAUGCUGUUGGCACUUUGUACUCGAGAGGUGUUGGGAGCUGUGUGAUGUCCCAAGUGGGGUGGCCCAUUUUCCAAAAGGCGGCUUGUAGCCGAAACCACAGCCAAAUCAAGCCCAAGGACUUGAAUCCUAAAUAUGCCCCAUGGGCCAUCUGCAACCCAGCGGAGCACGUAGGAAACAUUGCAUUUAUUUCCAUGGCUCUGGAUUGCAGCCCUGAAGCACACAGUCCGGAGAAAGGGAGGGGUGCCUAAAGCCCAUUGGACUGAAUUGGGUUCAGUAGGCAUCAAGGCAGCACUCACAUUGGGACUGGGGACUACCCAUAAAGGACGUCAUGAAAUGAGGGGGGAAAGUAGAGCAUUGUGGUAAAGGAGGGAUUUUUAAAAAAAUGGUGUAAGGUGUGACGGAGGGAAGUUGAGGACGUCUUUAAAGGGGCAACAUACUGUAGACGGCUCCUUUAUGCUCUCAUACUUGUCUCUGGAACAUACCCGCUUUCUUGCAUGUAAAGUCAGUCCACUGACUUCAGUUACUUCAGUGGCUUAAGAAUCCACCCUUAAAUGAAUAGCCUUUCUCCACUGAUGCCUGUGCAAAUAAGGCUCUGGAUUCUGGUUGUGCCUAGAAGGAGACAAGUCCCACUGGAACCACUAAGAUUUCCAUCUAAAGGAACGGAUUUGGAUGGGGGCUGUUGAUAGAUUUUAAUCCAAUUAAAUUAACUCAGGCAUUUGGAGGGCAAGGGUUUUCAGAAUUCCACACAAAAUGAGUGCCAUGUGCCAAGUCAUGCACACAUGUCAGUUCAUGUGCCUUGUCAUCGCAAGGGUGCAUGCACUGGUAUACGUACUGGUCAGUCCACUGGUCCAUCUGGUGGUCUCUUCUCUGUCUGGCAGCACCUCUUCAGAGAGUCUCUCUCAGUCCUUUAACUGGAGAUGCCCGGGAUUGAACCGGAGAUCUUCUGCAUGCCAAGCAAGUACUCUGGUUGUAGAGGUUGCUGUCUACUGAGUCACAAUAUUAGUCCAUCUAGCCGAGUUUUGUCCACUGUGACUGUUAGCAGCUCUCCAGAGGCUCAGGCAGGGAUCCUUCCCCUCACUUGCUACUCGUAACUGAAAUGCCUGGGUUUGGACCUGUAGCCAUCUACAUGCAAAGGAUAUGCCCAACCACUGAGCGACAGUCCGUCUUUACAGGAUACAGAUAGACUUUCCCACUUCCACUGAGGUCUAAGCUAUGCCGUGCAAAUAAAGGUUUUCAGAAUUAGAUCAUUAACACCAGGGGUCUCCACCUUGAGGUCUCCAGAUGUUGCUGGACUGCAUCAGUUCCAGCGACAAUAGUCACCGGCUGGUUAGGGUCAAAGGCCAUUGUGGCAGGGGGUGAUGGGAAUUGUUGUCCCACAGUAUUUGGGAUCUAAGGUUAAGAAUCCUUGAUUUACGCCAAAGCAGAGACAAAUGGCACCAUCAAAACCCUGGAAAGGUUAUUUUGUAGUAGGGAAUGAGAAUAAUUGAGGGGCGCUUCCCCAACACAUUUCUCACUGUAAUAAGGGUAUUAUCUUUCAAUGAAACAACAGGACUAUAUUUUUACUAAGCUUUUUAAAAAAUAAUAUCUAUCUAUCUUAUCUAUACAUGAUAUUUAAUUUGUUCAAGCAUUUUAUACUAUCAAGCAUCACUUUUUUGUUUUUUUGUAAUGAAUCAAAGGAUAUCCAUGCCAUUGAAAGCAGUUAUGUAGCAAGACUGGAUUCACACUGCUCUAAAGAAGGGGAACGUUAUUUUUUUGUGGGGGAGUGUGCAUUUUAAGUUGUAAAAUCACAUGGAGCAAUUGUCUGGAAUUUUAGGUUAAGAAAAACUGUGGCAAGUAUUUUCAUUGCUUUGAUCAACAGGACCCAAUCCAAGAGAAGGUUCUCCCCUGCAAAGUCUAUUGAAAUUAAUGGCAGCUGCACAGAGCACUACUGCAGCCUUGCGCAGGAGAACACAGCUGGAUCAUGCCCCACUUGCCUCACUACAAGCUGAUUAAUUAUCGAACCAUCUUUUCCUAAUUCCUUGGCUCUCUUGUGCUCGUUAUGGGGACACAUGUUUCUCCUCCAACCAUUUCCAGAUUUUUCUCUCAGUUGAUUCCUAUUUAGAUGUUGUAUUGGUAACUUUCAAGGGAAUGUCUCCCACUCAGCAUUGGGGGAAACAACAUGCUCUAAAAGAAAGAUAUUCAAGAGUUGGAUUGAUUGUAGUUCAGAGCGAACACAGGCAAAUCUGUGCAUCUGUCUUUCAGUGCUGUAAGUUGCUUUUGUGUUCCGUUGGACAUGCCAUCUGUUCUCAGAUUUGAAAAAACCCAUCUUCUAAUAAAACCGAGUGAUAUCCUUUU